AGCAAACGAGUCUGGUGAGUUUUGCUUGCAGCUUGAGACAGUGAGUACGACUAUAAGAAACACUCCACCCAAAGGAAGUCUGUGAAUGGGGGCGGUCAUUGGAGAGAGAAUCCCCCCCAAAACGGAAACUCUUUCACGUUAGGAGAGGAGACGAGAGGGGAGGAAAGGAGAGGAGGGCGCUGACAGCCAUCGGUGAGGAAGUGUGAUUGAACGUGCCGCGCGCGGAGGGAGGAGGACCCUCGUCUCAUCUCGGUUCCCGCGCCGAGCAUCGCUUCACGAACCGCGCGCCACUGGGGAAUUAACCGGGAUGUCACCGGUAAUCACGCGCCUUACCGGCGCCGCCUCAGCGGCGAGGCUUGCGGAGAGAAACGUGCAGGAGGAGGGAUAGACAGCCGCGGCGGACAGGUGCCACUCCGCAGCCCGUGUCAUUUGGGUUGUUUUUGAGGGGGGGGGGUUCUACAAAGUACCAGCGCCAUGGAUACCCGCAAGGAGAGCAAGGUAAGGAAAGCCUUGAAACCCAAAGCGACGAAGCGAAAACACAAGAAAUACAAAACCGGGAGCUUCGGCAGAAAGAAAUCGCUGCGAUCUUUCGGGAAUUUCAUGGGGAGGAUCCUUAAAACUUUGGGCACUUUGGCGCACUUUGGCGACGCGCAGCCGCCGGGCGCGGAGGAGGAGGAGGACGACGACGGCGGCUUCGGGCCGGGCGACUCGGGGGGUUUCAAAGACGGCGGCGCGCAGGUCGCCCGGGAGGAGGACGCCGCGAAGAAGAGCUCCGCGGCGGCGGCGGCGGCGUCCUCCUCGCGCGGCCCGGUGAAGGGCAGGCUGUCGUGGUGCCACGGCGACAAGACCCCCGGGGUGCUGGGGCUGAAGAACCACGGCAACACCUGCUUCAUGAACGCCGUGGUCCAGUGCCUGAGCAACACGGACCUGCUGGCCGAGCACCUCGGCCUGGAGCAGUACAAGUCCGAGGGGGGCCACGGCGGGGCGGACGGGCGGGGGAGAGGCGAGGAGCUGCAGGCCGCCAGGGGAGAGGUGACCGAGCAGCUGGCGUCGCUGGUCCGAGGGCUGUGGACCCUGGAGUACACGCCGCAGGUGUCCGUGGAGUUCAAGAGCAUCGUGGCCAAGUACGGCUCUCAGUUUCGGGGAAACUCUCAGCACGACGCCCUGGAGUUCCUCCUCUGGCUUUUGGACCGAGUUCACGAAGACGCCAAUCACAGCCCCAACAACAACAACAACAGCAGCCACAAGACCAAAGCCUCCGUCAAGGGACCCAGUUCCUCGGAGGAGUCUUCCAGCACCAGUUCAGCCGGCCCGCGGCAGCCUCGGGAUCGACACAGUUUUGUCCAGGAACACUUUCAGGCUCAGUACAGGUCUUCUCUGACGUGCCCUCAUUGCCUUAAGCAGAGCAACACCUUCGACCCAUUUUCAUGCAUUUCCCUGCCCAUUCCCCUGCGACAAACCAGGCCGAUGUGUGUGACGCUGGUAUUCACGACGAAGGGUCACAGGUACCUGCGCGUGGGGCUGGCUGUACCCCUCCUGGGUUCCCUGUCCUGCCUGAGAGCCAUGGUGGCACAGGAGGGCAACAUCUCCCCAGACCAGGUCAUCCUUUCAGAGUUGUACUCUACGGGUUUCCAGCGUUCCUUUGCAGAUGAUGAUGACCUGACAGCGAUCACUGAUAGCGACGUCAUUUACGCCUUUCAGGCUCCUCCCCCACACAGCCGUGGAGGCUCCGUACCACACUCAGGGUAUCACCACAGCCUCCCCUCCUCCCCCUACACCUCCGCGCCCGGACCCGGCGCUCUGAAGCUGCCUUCGUCUGGCACGCUGUCCUCAGAAUACCUCAACCAGGGCGGCUCCACCAAGGUCCUCCUCCUCGUCUGCAACACAGCGGGAUCUGGCCAGCAGGCCGUCAGGUUUGGACCUCCAUUCCUCAUGCGCGAGGACAGGAGCGUCUCCUGGGACCAGCUGCAGCAGAGUCUCCUCAGCAAGCUCUAUUAUCUGAUGCUGAAUGGAUCCCAGGCUCAGAACGCCGGCGUGCUGUUCAAGAUCCGGGUGGUGGGAGGAUCAGCCGCCUACAGCUACCUGUCCCCACACGACAGCAGGCCGCUGUCCCACCCGGCGGUCGACAGAGCUCUGAAGUUCUGCGGCCCCGGGGGACCUGCUCACGUAAAGAUUGUCAUUGAGUGGAACAAUAAGACCAAAGAGUGUCUCUUUGGCAGCAUUCAGGAGGAGGUGAUCAAGGACGCAGAGAGCGUGAGGAACCAGCAGCAGCAGCACUUGCAGCAGCACAGCUGUACGUUGGACGAGUGCUUUCAGCUGUAUACCAAAGAAGAGCAGCUCGCCCCGGAUGACGCCUGGAGGUGUCCGCACUGCAAGCAGCUUCAGCAGGGCAUGGUGAAGAUGAGCCUGUGGACCCUCCCCGACAUACUCAUCCUCCACCUCAAGCGCUUCCGACAGGUAGGUGAGCGGAGGAACAAGCUGUCCACCUUGGUGCGCUUCCCCCUGACUGGUUUGGACAUGGCCCCCCACGUGGUGAAGAGGAGUCAGAGCAUGAGGAACCUCAGCUCAGGGGCCUGGCCUCCCCCAUGUAAGCUCCCGUCGGGACAUCACCCCCAAGCGGCCAGCGCCGUCCUUCCCCACGACUACCUGUACGACCUCUACGCCGUGUGUAACCACCACGGAGGAAUGCACGGGGGACAUUACACUGCUUACUGUCGGAACUCCGUGGACGGACAGUGGUACAGCUACGACGACAGCAGCGUGGACUUGGUGCCCGAGGAGGAAGUGUGCACCCGAGGAGCCUACAUCCUUUUCUACCAGAGGCGCAACACCAUUCCUCCGUGGUCGGCCAGUUGCUCCGUCAGAGGAUCCACCAGUUCGUCGAUGUCCGACCACUGGCUCAUCCGGCUGACGGGGGACAGCAAGCGAGGCAGUCUGGUCUCUCGAUUCUCCACCACCUGCCCAUCGUCCUUACCUGACUCGCCUGAGUCUCCGGUCUUCCUUGAAAACGGUUCCAAAGAGGAAAGAGGGGUUUUUGAGAGCAGAACCUUUAUCAGGGGUCUUCAGGGACGCAGCGUGAGCAUGAGAGCCCCCAGCAAGACCAAGGAGACCCUGAGCAAAGUGUUUCCCCUGCGCUGGUCCUUUGGUUCAAAGGACAGGUGGAAACCCGACCUGGUUCCUCUGUCGGUCCAAGAUGCCGACCCGGUGGAGCUGGUGCAGUACUUGGAGUCCGGCCGGCGGCCCCGAUGCACGAAGGAUCCGAUAGCAACAUUGAUGAGCGAAGCGCGCAGGGCAAAGGAACCUGCCGGGGCCCGGGCUUCAGCCAACGUCCGAUCUGCCAGCGUUGGGAGCUUAAGUUGUAUUAAUAAGGGGGGGAACCAGCUGCCGCCUGAGUCUCCUCAGGUCCCGGAGGGCCAGAGGAAAGCAUCCGAUAAGACAGCCAGCUUGAGGCGCAGAAAGGACAGUCAAACCAGAGGUGAGAUGAGCAGUAGCUCUGCUAGUAACACCUUGAGCAGCAGGAAGGAUGCAAGGAGGCAAAGCUCCUCCAAAACCUCCCAGGACACCACGGAGGCAAAAAGGAGUUCCAGUGCCGGAGUCCAGCCCAGCCACAGCACCCCUAGCCUCCUUGAUGGGACCCUAAGAAGACAAAAUGGGGACAGGGCUGAUAGGGAACACCACAGUGCGUUUGAGGGAAGGAAAGGAGAAGCGCCCAAGAACAAUGAGGGACUGCUCUCCUUCUUUAAAGGUAACUUCCUGAAGAAGGAUAAAGACGUGGGGAAGUCCAAGGAGGUCGACUCAAGGAAGGGAGAAGGAGAGGACGGAGGCAGGAGGACCCUAUCUAGGCUUCCGUUGUCCAACGGAGCCGCAGGAGGGGGAACCCGGGUGGAAAGAAGCAAGUCCAACAGCGCGGGCAAUGCGGGCAAUGUGCUGGCAGACGGGAAGGCGGCACGAAACACGGCGGACAUCAAGCGCUCCCAGAGCUCCUCCAACAUCCCCACCAAAGAGGAGCAGGGCAUGCGCAGGACGGCGUCUCUGCACCGCAACGGGAUGUCGGCGCGGCCGCCGCGCAGCCUGACGGCAGACAAACCGUCUUACGGCACCCUGCAGAGGACCCGUUACAGCACGGCCUCGCUGGGACGCAAGAGGACGGUUCCCGAGUCCAGCUUCUGACGCGGAGACGCUCCAUAGAACCGCACGAGCACUCAGAGCCUUUUUCUUUUUAAUCUGUCGUCAAGUAAAUUACGUCCAAUCUCUGAGAUCAAUAGAGCCUCGGUUCCCAGCGGCGGGCCUCUCUUGUCUCCAGAACAUGAAGUGGCUCGAAGUGGCCCCGCGCCUCGGAGUUGAGAGUCACUUAGCAAAUGACGGGUCCUGUAAUUCUGGGAUACAAUCAGCAGUGGGUUUCUGACUUAAAACAAGUGCCUGAGAAAAUAAUAUGCAGUUUAGACCGAUGAGUUUGUCUGUUUAGCACUGGAAGCACGAUAUUACACACACACACACACACACCACCUUAUCUGUGCUCAUUAUUAUUUGUCUAGUGUGCUGGAAUCCAUCUCUCCGUUUGGAACUCCCGUGGUUGUCUACUCACUGGCACGACACACUCAUUUUAUUCAGUCAGAGGAAAUGAUGUGCCAACUUGAUUAGGGGUCUCACUUUGAGGCUGCCGUUUUCGUUUUAAAUCAGUUAUUCAUCUUUAAUCCUGUCUGUUUGUUUGUGUGUUGCUGAAGCACUGACUUGUCCCUGUGUGACCCGGACUCCAGUUAAUGGUGUUUUGGUGGUCAGACCAAGACCUCUAACUGUAAUAACUCACCGUGUGGGAGGGUUAUUCUGUGGAGACGCUGACCCGCUUCUCUUAAUCAUCAGUUGGCUUAGAUGUCCCACCAGGAGCAGUAUACCUUUUAUCUGUCCGCUCAAUGCAGUUUCCACCAUUAGAAAACUUUGUAUAUCCUUCAUGUAACAUCUAUUGAUGAGACUGAAUGCAUUUGUUUUUUUCGGCGGGAGCCCUGUUAGGGAACAGUUUGUGUCAGCUGGAGGCGACACACGUUUGAUUGAAGCCACUUUGUCAGUGGGAUCCGACAUCUGGUGACCAAAUGGAAAGUAUCAGGGAGAAAAAUACUACAAUCUACAUAAUAGAUGUUUUCCCUCAAUUGAGCCACACUCUGAACAAUCAAAUCCAAAGAAGUUUUGAAACAUGGAAUAAAGUUAUCCGCAUUGAUAAAUGUAUUUGGUUUUGAUGUAUGCAUUUAAUGUGCUGUAAGAUAACUAGCACUAAUCAGCUGUCAACACUUGAUGAGACAAGUGCCAAGAAGAUCCCUGUGUGUCUGUGUUUACACCUGCUUGAAGGAUUUAAACUGAGUGGAGAUUGUUUUUGUCUAUUUGGCUCUGAUUGUGCGUCUCAAUGAUGGUAUCAUAACAAGAAAACACUAAUGCAUUUUUUAGUUCACUUCUUUUUUGUCACAUUUUGUUUGGUGCAUUAUGACCCAGUCAAGAAUACGAAGGAGUAUUUAUGAGUGUUCAUGACAAUUCAAAUUCAAAUUGUUCGACAUUUUAAAUGCAACGUUGAAAUUGUAUGAGAUGUCUCAAUGACGUGGCAUCAUAAACACUAUAUCAUGAAUGUCUAUUCAGCUUAAUGUGUUAACAAUGCAGUACAUCAGACUGAUUAAAUGUUAUAAUACCAGAAUCCGAUCAUUGGACUGCAAGCUGCACGUCUAAACGAGCUAACGGCGGCUACAGUUAGCAGCGGUUUCGGGAUACUUAAGUAAAGUCAUCCGACAUGACGUUGGACAUUUAGUACAAAUGAUUACACUGUAGUUAAGGUAAAAGAAGAUAUUCAACUCAUGUCUCAUAUCAGCCAACGUAUAAACCAAGCACAUAUGGCAUUUAAACCUCAAUGACAACAGUCAUAAACAAUCCUAAAUACUGCUUCAUGUCUGUGCCACAAACAAAGUGUUCAAGCAUAUAUUAUUAUUAUUUUUGUAUUCAAUGUAAUCCAUUUUAUGAUUGGUUAAUUCCUUGCUAUCUUUUUUCCCUUUAUCAAUGUGAUUCAUAUUUAAUUGGUAUGGUGUGUUUGCUAAAGUCAGUGAAAUUACACUUUUGGCUGCUGUACAGCUGUUAUGGGAAUCACCGCUGGGAGUGAAGUGCAUCCUUAGUAUCCGGCUGGUGGAAGAAAGCAGAGCGUUGAUUUAAUUUUCCCAGCCUGGAUGUCAGCAGGGACUCCAUUUAUAAAAAUCUUUGACUUCCUGGUUGCUUGUCUGCCGUGGCGCGGUAAUACGCUUUAACAGGCCGGCUGGACACCUCUUUUGCGGCUGCAGUGGUUUAUUUUCGAUGAUGUAUGUGCACAGAAAAGUCCCACAAUGCCUUGUCAGGCUCUACACGUAUGUAAACGCUCAUUGAUAUUGAUAUAUAUAUAUACGCAGUGAAGCAUUAAAGAACGACAAAACGCACUGAAAACUGGUAAACCCCCCAAACACAACAACAACCUUUUGUAAUGUGUAUAACUAGAAUGUAUAUUUAACCCUGGAAACCAACACGAUUUAUCAAGCUUCAAUAAUUCCAGUAUUAAGUACUAACAUGAAUAUGAGGAGGUGAUGGUUUUUUAAUUCAGUUAUCAAAUGCAUAUCAGCCUAAAAAAUCUCCAUUAUCUCAUUUGAACAUGAAACAUUGUUCCUGAACAACGUUGUUGUACACUGUGAGUAGAUGUUGUACCUUCGGUCUAAGCCAGUAAAAAAGAAACAUAAUCAGGUAUCCUCACUCCAAACACUACAGCACUAUAUUUUAAUAAGUGGAAUAUGAGUAAAACAGACAUUCCAAUUGAAACCAAGUGGCAGGUUGCUCAGAGCAAAGGCUGUUAUUUCUUUAUUUGUUACGAUUAAAUUGCAAACACUGUAUAUUGGGGAUUUAUUUUCAUACAAACAAAACCAACGUCCGACAAGUAGUGAGCUGGCUAUGUGAGGUUUGGCAGUAACCAGCAGGGGAGUGCUAACACUCAAACAAGUUCUAAUGUAGCUAGCUAGCUAGCCGACAGUUGGCUAGUUCUCUACAAAUGGAAAAUACACCACUCUUCUAUUAAUAUUUUUCAUGUGAGGUGUGCGCAACCCCUUUACCACUUAGGGUUUCAAUAAACAUGUUUCAUUUUGAGAUUUCCACCAUUUCCUUUCACACUUCCAGCAGGCGGUUGCUCAGUAACGUUAUCGAGUACGUAGCUCGCUGUAGAUCUUUAAAGAAUCCACCGCAUUACUUCUCUGGUUUCUGGCUUUGAGACAGAGCAGCUCCAGCUUCACAUAGCAGCUUCACAUGGUAGCUCCAGCUUCAUUACAUAGGAAUUAUGAAAUUACAGUAGGAUAUAUAUUGGUGUUUUAAAUGGAUUGCUGCAAUUUCCACGAAAUUGCACGGGUGGCAUUAUCAGUUUUAAAGGUCAUGCACUUUAACUCUGUUUGCAGAGGAGCAGAGAAACCAUUAAACCUUUGCACAAACUUGAAGUGCUGUUUAUAAAACUGAGUGAGUUCAUGCAGUCGGCAACGGCAGCUUUUCUUGAGUAGCCUACACAUGAAAUUGAAGUUGAAGUAGAGUUUUGGACCUUGAAACGUUGAAUGGGAUCGGCUGCUGCUGCUAUUUCCCCGUCCUCUUUUAUGAUUUUUCCAAACCAUAUAGUUGGAUUUGCAUUGGCUGUCCACUUUCACACUGGUUGCAAAAGUAGUGGAGCUGUUUAGAAUCUUUUCAGUUCUGAUGCCCACGCUGAAAUGUAGUGCAGCUUAGUGUUUGAGAAAUUGUGUACUGUAGCAAAGAGACAUUUGACAGAGAUCUAAAAACUGAUUUUGAAAUAGUUGGUUCAACUUAUAUACCUAAGGCCACCUUCUUGUUAUAAUGGCUACAAUCAAAACGUGUUUUUAAAAAUGUUUAUACCCCGCAAAAUGUCUGUUUUCAGUCGCUUUACUGACUCAAAUGAAGCAUUAGAUCAGAAUAUAUCGACCUAAAGUCUGUAUUGCGUUGUAAAUGUAUUAAGUUUCAACUUUGCAUGUCUCAAUCCACAUGUGGCCACAUACACACAAUGUUUACUCUGCCAAACUGAGCACACCUGUGUUUUUUUGUGAAAUCUUAGUUGAAGAUGUUUUGUAUAUGCAAUUUUUCUACAUUUUAUCAAAAGAAAUCUGUAUAUAUUCAUGGACACACACAGACCUAUGGGGUGUAGUGAUUAUGAACAAGAUGCUACGGUAUUUAACUACAACCCAGUCGCUAGCGGUUUAUUUGACAUAUGUUUCUUUAAAGAUGUACUGUAAAAAUGUUCCAUAGAUACGUUUCAUGAAGAUGCAAACGUUGACAAUCGUUAUCAGAACUACUUGGUGAAGGUUAGAAAAAAAGAAAAGAAAAUCAUUUUGGGGGUCUAAAUAAUUACGUAACAAAGUUUAAUGAUGACAAACAUCUUUAGCUGACUUUUAUUAUGGAACAGAAUUAUUUUUAAAAGCGCUGUCGGCUUUGGAGUCUCGCAUGACACAAACAGUGUCUCCAGGGUGAAAGUCACCCACUAACCGAAAGCAAAAACAUUUAAUAUUCAACGAAACUGCUUCAAAAAACUACAAUGGCAAAAAAAAUCUGGCAACUGGGUUGGCAACUGAACUCACAAGUAUCAUAUGUUUUGCAUAAGGGUGUAUCUAUAUGCUUUUAAUGUAAAACAACGGUACAGAAAUAUUGAUGGGACAUUGUUUUAUUUUUCAAUACAACAAAUAAAAAUGUUUUAUUUAUGAC